AUGACGACACCGACAACGCCUGUUGGCCCAGCAGCGUUCCCGAUGCCCACAUACGCGGAUGCCGCUGCAAUACCACCUGCCACUGUCCCAUCUGGGCCGCCUGACAUUACCUGCGGCCAUUUGGCCUCUAUGGGUGCCAGUGCACCUGCUGCACCUUCUUUCCAGCAGUCCGUGGCCAACGAGGAAACUGUCGCCCUGUCCCAGCCCUCAGUUAGCCGCGUAAUUUUUUCCGUUGCUGAAGCCAUUGCAACGGUCGGCAAAGCAAAGGGAUGGGUGAAGUUUCCGACGGACACAGAAAAGGUGGCGGUCAAGCAACGCUUCCUUGAACGUGGCAAGCUCCCUGGGGUCGUCGGCUGUGUUGACGGAACACUAAUUGCCAUCGUCCGGCCGCGAAAAAUGAGCCCCGCGGAAACCGAGGCGUACUGGAGCCGCAAGGGAUUUUACGCUUUGAAUUGCAUGGUGGUGUGUGAUGCGGACCUAAGGAUCGUGGCCAUAGACCCUCGGAUGCCAGGAUCAUGCCACGAUUCCUUCGUCUGGAGGCACUCAGCAUUGCGCCGCCGCCUGACGUGUGGCCUCCUGAAUGACGAGGAGUUUUUGCUUGGAGAUUCGGGGUACCCUCUGGAGCCCUGGCUUCUCACUCCUGUGCCCGGACACCCGACACGGCUGACAGCAGAGGGGCGCUACAAUGAAGCACACGCCGUCGUCAGGAAUGCGGCUGAAAGAUGCAUAGGCAUCCUAAAAAGCCGUUUUAGGUGCCUGCAGAGGUACCGUACGCUGCACUACUCACCCCGCAAAGCAGCCACCAUUGUGGCGGCGUGUGCUGCGCUUCACAACCUCUGUCUCCAGGCAGGGGAUCCGCUGCCAGAUGAUCCUGAAGAUGACGACACAAGCUGUACGAGUGAUGCAGCAACAAGACAAGUGCAGCCACCACAGGCCCCAUCGCUGCCCUUGGCACAAGUGGUGCCGCCUCCACGCGCUUUGUUCGAGAGCGCCAAGCAGGCUCGCUCUGCAAUAAUUAACAUGUUCAGGUUGCCUCGCAAUCUUCACAUUGCAUAUUUGCAGAGCGUGCGAAGACGGAUGCGCCGGCAAAUGAGGCGGCGGCAAACAUGAAUGCACAUAUUGUUCACGUCUCCAACGGGGUGUGUGCCAAUUAGCAAUAAUAUUCCCCCGAGUUUUCUAGGCUUUGUGUUAGCCUUUUGGCAAACAUUCAUUGACAACAUGUGCCACUGGAGAAUAAUGGAAAGUCUGCGAAAUUCAAUGUGCUUCGACAAUCUCUUUAGCUCUUGUAGAUGGUGCCGCUUGCAUUGAUGUUAGCGAAGAACACUAUCCAUGCAGGCAACAUUUUGCAAAUAGAGGUUACAUGGCACAGUUGGAGACAUUUUUCCUUGGAACUGCCUCGCUCAACAUAAACUUGACGCACUCGAUCGUGCACAUGCCAUGUGUUACAACGACGGAACAACCCUUAUGGCAUGAAGGUGACUGCGUGACGAUGAUUGAAUAAAGACGAAGGCGUGACAAACAGUAAAAUCACUACGACGAAAUCAACAGUACCGCGGAGAAGGCACGACGGUGAUUCAUUGACGAUGCAA